AUGUCAACCAAAAAUAAAAUUCAACAGAGCCACGAAGUUACAAUGGAUUCCACUAAAAAGAACGAAGCUCACAUUGAAGGAGCUUCUCAAAUUGGAAUUGAAGUUCGGAAGGAAGCUGAUUUUUCUACUUGGUAUACUCAGGUUUUGAAACGUUCGGAAAUGUUAGAAUAUUAUGAGGAAGUAUCGGGAUGUUAUAUAAUUAGACCAUUAGCAUAUAAUAUCUGGCAAGAAAUUCAAAAUUUUCUUGAUGCUUCUAUCAAAGAAAUGGGCGUAGAAAAUACUUAUUUUCCGAUGUUUGUUUCACAGAGACAAUUGGAAAGAGAAAAAGAUCAUGUUGAGGGUUUUGCACCAGAAGUGGCAGGUUCUUCCGAGAUGGAAAAUCCCAUUGCAAUCCGUCCUACUUCAGAAACUGUAAUGUAUCCUUAUUUCGCAAAGUGGAUUCGAACUCAUCGAGAUUUACCUCUUAAAGUUAAUCAAUGGUGUAAUGUUGUUAGAUGGGAAUUCAAAAAACCACAACCUUUCAUCAGAACACGCGAAUUUCUUUGGCAAGAAGGUCACACUGCUCACUUUACACAAGAGGAAGCCGAUCUUGAAGUCCGCGAUAUACUUGAACUUUAUCGCAAAGUAUAUGAAGAUUUAUUGGCAGUUCCUGUAAUCAAAGGAGUAAAGUCUGAAAAAGAGAAAUUUGCUGGAGGUCUUUAUACUACAACCAUUGAAGGAUUUAUCCCAACGACCGGGCGAGGAAUUCAGGCAGCUACUUCUCAUUGCUUAGGACAAAAUUUUUCUAAAAUGUUUGAUAUUUUAAUUGAAGACCCCAAUGCUCCCGCAGGUUCUGACGGGAAAAACGCGAAGAAACUUUAUGUAUGGCAAAAUUCAUGGGGUUUGACUACAAGGAGCAUUGGUGUAAUGGUUAUGAUUCAUGGUGACGAUAAAGGUUUGGUACUACCUCCACAAGUUGCCCAAAUUCAAGUCAUUGUUAUUCCUUGUGGUCUGACAGGAAAGACACCUGAAGAGGAAAAGAAAAAUGUUGAAAAAAAAGUAAAUGAAGUAGUGGAAGAACUGAAGUCGGCCGGCAUAAGAGCAAAAUCAGAUCUUCGAGAUACUCAUACUCCAGGAUAUAAAUUUAAUCACUGGGAAUUGAGGGGAGUUCCUCUUAGAUUAGAAAUUGGUCCCCGUGAUUUAACAAAUAAACAAGUCCUUUCUUCUCGCCGUGAUACCAGUGCCAAAGAGCCAAUUCCUUUGGUCGAGCUUAAGACUCGCGUUUCCGCCAUUUUAAAAACUAUACAGAAAGAUAUGUUUGAAAAGGCCAAAAAAAUUUACGAUGCCCAUAGAAAAAUUGUGUUAAAAUGGGAAGACUUUGUACCAUCUUUAGAUGAUAAAAAUCUUGUACUAGUUCCAUGGUGUGAACAAGAAAAAUGUGAAGAUGCAAUUAAAGAACGAAGUUCGAGAAGCAAUGCUGAACAAGAGCCAGAAGAUGAUAAAGCACCUUCGAUGGGAGCAAAAUCCUUAUGUAUUCCUUUUGAACAACCCAAAAAUCCACCUAUAUUAGAGGGUGAAACUACAUGCAUAGCGUGCGAUGCUUACGCAAAAAGAUAUGCUUUAUUUGGGAGAAGUUAUUGA